UUUGUCAUCUGCGUAGUGACAGAUGUACAUUUCACAUUCCGGUCAUUUGUUAAAUAAGAUAUGUUAAAAUACGAGCAAAUCUGAUCUGGUAUACGACCACAUCCUUCUUUAGUAAAUUUAGUCUAGAGCCAUUGCGGGUUGUUCCGUAUGACUGUGAGACUGCAAACAUUAGUAUCUGCUGUCCUUUCUCAAUAAGCAAUGGAUCAAAUGGAUAAAGUUUGGAUACUGCUUUUCUUUCAGAGUGUCUGCAUCGCUCAAACUCAGAGUUUUAAUGUGGGGACUGAAGGUGCUCAAAUCUUCUCAGGUCCUGCAGACGAAGAAUUUGGAUACAAUGUACAACAGUUCAGCAACAGUCAAGGAAAAUGGCUGCUGGUGGGUUCUCCCUGGAGUGGAUACCCUCACAAUAGAAAAGGAGAUAUCUACAAGUGUGGGAUCAAUAGUGCUCUCUGUGAGAAACUAAACAUUCAAAACUCUUUCAGCAUAGAUGGUGUGCAGAGUGUAAACAUCAACAUGAGUCUGGGCCUGACCUUCAUUCCAAUAACUAAAGCAAAUGCAUUUAUGACAUGUGGUCCUCUGUGGGCUCAGACAUGUGGCAGUCAAUAUUUUUACCCAGGAAUCUGUGCUGAAGUGAACUCACAGUUUUCUCCUCAACCGGCCUUCUCACCAGCUAUUCAGACGUGUGGUGGGGCAAUGGAUGUUGCCAUUGUUUUGGACGGAUCAAACAGUAUUUACCCUUGGCCUGAUGUCAGAAAUUUUCUCACAAAACUUUUGGAGAAUCUUAAUAUCGGACCAGAUCAAACUCGAGUCAGCAUUAUGCAGUAUUCAGAAAAUGUGACUACAUACUACAAAUUUAGCUCUGAACAAAACAAAAACAAAGUUAUUUCUAAUGUAUCCGAUAUCGAACAGAAAACCGGGCUACAAACAAACACUUUCGCCGCAAUUGACAAUGUCAGAAAAGAGGCUUUUCGCCCAGAAAACGGUGGCCGUCCAGAUGCCUCUAAGGUGAUGGUAAUAGUUACAGAUGGAGAAUCUUUUGAUGGUAACAGAGGUCAAGAAGUCGUUGACAGAUGUAAUAAGGAUGGCAUCAUUCGCUUUGGCAUUGCUAUUCUCAAAGCAAGUGCAGAUAUUCAGAAAUUCGUCAAGGAGAUUGAAUUGAUCGCUAGCGCCCCUACAGAAAACCAUAUGUUCAAUGUGUCAUCGGAGCAAGCGCUUAUCAACAUUGUAGGAACUCUUGGGGACAGAAUAUUUAACAUUGAAGGCACCAGCCAAGGAGAAGAUUUCCAGAUGGAAAUGUCCCAAGUUGGAUUCAGUGCACACCAGACCAAUAAGAAGAAUGUGAUCAUGUUGGGUGCAGUCGGGGCAUACGGUUGGAGUGGAACUGUUGUCCAUCAGGAUAGGCAGAAAUCACACAUUUUCCCUAAAAAGGCUUUUGAGGACGUUCUGAAGGAUAGAAACCACAGUUCAUUGCUCGGUUACUCUGUCAGCACUCUAACAGACGGAUCUUCUGAGUUUUAUGUGGCUGGUGCUCCUCGUGCCGUUCAUAGAGGACAAGUUGUAGUUUACACCAUUGACAAAAAGACACAGCCGUUUGUCGUAUAUUCACAGAACGGAUAUCAGAUCGGGUCUUAUUUCGGCAGUGUUCUCUGUCCUGUUGAUGUGGAUGCUGAUGGUGUGACUGAUGUGCUGCUGGUUGGAGCUCCAAUGUACAUGAGUGAAGAGACGUUUGAAACAGGGAGAGUUUACAUCUUCUCUAUUACUAAGGGCACUUUAAGCAGCCAGGGCACUUUAGAGGGUUCCUCCCCAUUGCAGAACGCUCGGUUUGGAAUGGCCAUCACUGCCGUCCCAGAUCUGAACCUGGAUGGUUUCAGUGAUGUGGUGGUCGGUGCUCCUCUGGAAGACAACGGCCAAGGAGCCAUUUACAUCUACUAUGGAGAUCAAAAAACCAUCAGAAAGCAAAGCUCACAGAAAAUACUUGGAUCCAAACUAGGAUCAAAAAUUAGGUUCUUUGGACGUUCAUUACAUAGCCGUGAAGAUAUGAAUGGUGACACAAUCCCUGAUAUUUCAGUGGGAGGAUAUGGGAUGGCUGUGCAGCUCUGGUCAAAGGCAGUGGCGUCUGUCAUGACAACCGUCUCUUUCAACCCUGAGAAGAUCAGCAUUCUGAGUAAACCCUGUCUGUUUGGUGGAAAGAGGGUUUCUUGUUUUGUUGCUAAGGUCUGUUUCACGGCAACGUUCAAACCCUCAGAGGAGGGUUCAAUAAAUAUCAAGUACAAUCUGACUCUGGAUGCUGACCUACAAUCAUCUAUAGCCGUCUCAAGAGCUCAGUUUGAUAGCUCAGAGCGUAUUACCCAGAAUGCUGUUAGUGUUUCUAAAACAAAAACGUGUAUCGAUCAUAACGUCAAUGUGCAGGAUACUCCAGAUUUUGUCAGUGCAAUUGCAUUGCGGGUGGACAUCAGCCCACAGACAGAUACCGGCCCUGUCCUGGAUGCAUUCCGCCCUAAAGCGUGGGAAUUUUUUGUCCCUUUUGUAAAAGAUUGUGGCUCUGAUGACAUAUGUACUAGUGACCUGAAGCUGACUGUGAAAGCUGAUGACGUUCCAAGUUCAUCCUCACUGCUAGUGAGCCAGGAGAGAAGAAGACUCUCUUUCACAGUGACCAUAUUAAACAAAAAAGAAAAUGCAUACAAUACAAGACUAUCUGCAGACUUCUCCAGUAACCUGUUCUAUGCCUCCUUCACACCACCUAAUGACAACACAGAAGUGAAAUGCACCUCAAAACAAAAUUCACUUGACUGCCAAGUUGGAUAUCCAACCUUGACAACAGGGCAAACAGUAUCAUUUAAGAUCAGCUUUGACUUUAACCUGAAUCAACUACAAAAAAAUGCUGUUGUGAAAUUUGAAGCAAACAGUGACAGUGAUGAGGAAGUGACAUCAGAUAACAAGGUCUCUGUCGUCACCCCAAUCCAAUAUGACUCUGAAAUCCAUCUCACCAGAGACAUGAACUUGGAUUUCUGUGUGGUUGGAGCGGAACAUCAAGUCAAAAAUACAGUCUCUGAAUUUAAUGACAUCGGCCCUCUAUUUGACAUCUCAUUAAAAGUUUCAACUGGAACCUUACCGAUCAACCAGGCUGUUUUGACUGUCUCUCUACCCACCAGCACCAAAACUGGAAAUCCUCUGUUGUAUGUGACCUCAGUCAAAACUGCACUUGUUGGAAAUGUGCAGUGUGACGUCAGCAGUCUGGUUGACCCGUUGAAGAUCAGUGAGAAAACACACACUGCCAGCUUUACUAAAGAGAGCUUUAGAGGAACAAAAGAACUGAAUUGUAAGGCUGCAAAGUGUGAGCCCAUGACUUGUCGUCUCAAAGACUUGGAAAUGAAGAGCAACUACUUUGUUAACAUCACUGCCAGGCUCUGGAAUGGCACAUUUGCCUUUGCUGAUUUUCAGACACUUACAUUGGUUGGAGAUGCUGAGAUAGAAACAUCUCAACCUGAUCUCAUAGUCAUCACCCAUAAACAACAACAGAUAAGAAUUACAGUGAGUAAAGAAGGAGCCAGUGGAGAUGUUCCCAUCGGUAUUAUCAUAGGAAGCGUCAUCGGCGGGCUCAUCCUUCUUGCUCUGGUUACUGUGAUUUUGUGGAAGCUUGGCUUCUUCAAGAGAAAGCAGUUGCCACAGAAAACUGAACAGGAAGAGGCAGAAGAAGAAGGGCUGCGUGAGAAUCCAGCAUAACAGGAUAUAGAGUACACACUGCCCUUUCUGGAUAUACUGGAAUUAAUAUAUUAAUACUCCUUCAACAAACUGGGAGAUUUUUAGUCUACUAUAAAUUGUAUGUACCAGUUGCACAAAAUGGUACACACAGUCCUGUAAGGUUUAACUGAUAUUCAGUUUGAAAUUAUUUGAGAGUGAAAUCCAAACCAGUCCUGCAGCGGGAUUUUAUUUCAAAACAUCUCAGGAUUAAACCUUUUAAGCAUUUGCAUUUUUGGCUUUAGUUUGAACAGAUCAGGAUGGAAGCAUGAACGUCUGUGCACGCAUCAGAGCAGAGUUAUGUUUAAGACACGACACAGAACCUUGAGAAACCUUUGCCUGAGGUUAUAUUCUUUGUUUGCGAAUCUCUGUGUCAUUCAUAUACUCGUUCUAACAUGCCUUUAGAUGUACAAGACCGAUUUCCAUUUAAAUAAAAUUCUGGAUUUCUUGCUGAUAAACUGUAUUUGUUUUGUACAUAUAUCCAAUA